AUGUCCGGCACAACGAUCAACAACCCACCCCUCGCCUUCAAUCCCUUCGCCUACAACGCCAAGCAACAGAACUACGCAACCUUCUCUCCGGCCACUCUCUACGUCAGCCCCCUCGAGGACUACGCCUCGGCAGACCUGACGUCGGACUCGGCCCCGUCGCCCGGGUCUCCCGUCUCUCCCAUGUUUGCCGCCCCCUACGCCCUGCCCAUGGACAACGACUGGCUCUCCUGGGGCGACAAGGCCCAGCAGGCCUCCAACAACCCCUUUGUGAGGCCCAACGACCCCUACGACAGCCCCAUACUGUCCUCCGUCCCCGCUCGGAGCGUUUCCGUUAGCCCGGCCAUCAACCCGCUCGACCUCACCAACAGCAACGGCCUGUCCGACGACAUUGUCCCCUUUGGCCAAGACGGCCUCAACGACAAUGUGCCCCUCUUCCAGACCGCCCCCUUCGCCUCGUCGAGGCCACAACAGCAGACAGUCAUUGCUCCGGCCGAGAUCCAGAUCAAGCAGGAGCCCCGGCAGCAACAAGCAGAGCCCCGCCGGUCCACUCGCGCCAGCCAGCAGCAGCAGCAGCAGCAGCAGCAGCAACAACAACAACAACAGCAGCAGCAGCAGCAGCGCAGCCUCAAGCGCAAGUCCACCACCAGCUCGUCCUCUUCUCGCUCCUCCGCCUCCCCGCCGCCGGCUGCCUCGCGCCGCAAGGACAACAACACUAGCGCCUCGCCUCCGACGACGGGCAACGGCGUCCUCGGGCCCAAGAAGACGGCCCACAACAUGAUUGAGAAGCGGUACCGCACCAACCUCAACGACAAGAUCGCCGCCCUGCGCGACGCCGUCCCGGCCCUGCGCGUCAUGGUCAACCGCGCCGAGCAGGACGACGACGAGUGCGCCCAGGUCAAGCGCGAGGGCUCCCUCGACGACCAGGAGGACCUCGGCGGCCUCGCCCCGGCCCACAAGCUCAACAAGGCCACCAUCCUGAGCAAGGCGACCGAGUACAUCUCCCACCUCGAGAGGAAGAACCAGGUGCUCGCGAGCGAAAACGCCAAUCUCAGGGACCGCGUCGAGGGCUUCGAGAUGAUGAUGAUGAGCCGCGGCGAUGAGAGGGAAUGCCUGUGGGCUUAG